AUGGUGAAAUUUGGUAACAUGGAAGAUAUGGGUGGCAACAUGGGUGAUGAUUUCGAUGAUAGUGAUGAAGAUGAAGAGGUGGCAAAGCCAGAAGUGCAUGACACUGAGAAGGCAGGGGGAGAAGCAAAGCCAGAAGAACACAAUGCUGGUAAGAUGGAAGGAACUUCAGAGGGAAAGGCUGAAUCUGUAGCGAACUCAUAA